UCGCUGGUGUCUCCCGCAGAGAAGCAGCGCGCCUGCCUGCUGCCCCCCGACGAGGGCCCCUGCCGCGCCCUGGUGCCGCGCUGGUACUACGACAGGUACACGCAGAGCUGCCAGGAGUUCACCUUCGGGGGCUGCCAUGGUAAUGCCAACAACUUCCUCACCUUCGACGACUGCGAAAAGAGCUGCUGGACCAUCAAGAAAGUGCCCAAAUUGUGCCGGAUGGAGGCUGAUGGAGGACCUUGCAGGAGUCAUCUAAAAAGAUAUGCCUUUAACUUGACCUCGAUGAGAUGUGAAGAGUUCAUCUAUGGAGGCUGUUACGGAAAUGGCAACAACUACAGAGAUUUGCAGUCUUGUGUGGACCACUGUCUGCCAGAGAAAACUGGUCCCUUGCUAUGCUACAGCCCAAAGGAUGAAGGAUUGUGUUCUUCUUCUGUGCCUCGCUAUUACUAUGACAUCAAGACUAAAUCUUGUAAGGAGUUCAAAUAUACUGGCUGUGGUGGAAACGCCAACAACUUUGUUACUGAAACAGACUGCUACAAUGUCUGCAGAAAAGGGUCUCAGAAACCAAAUACCAACAAGCCAACAAGCACAUUCCGCAGAAAAAGGAUCAUCAAAUUGAUUAAAAAGCCUCAGACAUAUAACCCAAAGUCUUAA